AUGGACGAGUACUUCUACCAGUCGCUCCUCCUCUCCGUCCUUGCUGUGGCACUGCUGCAGCUGGUGAAGAUGGCCCUGAAGCCGAGGCGACGGCUGCCGCCAGGGCCAUGGAAGCUGCCCAUCAUCGGCAGCAUGCACCACCUCGUGAACGUGCUGCCGCACCGCGCGCUGCGGGACCUGGCGGACGUCCACGGCCCGCUCAUGAUGCUGCAGCUCGGCCAGACGCCGCUCGUCGUCGCCUCCUCCAAGGAGACGGCGCGCGCCGUGCUCAAGACGCACGACCCCAACUUCGCCACGCGGCCCAAGCUCCUGGCCGGCGAGAUCGUCGGCUACGAGUGGGUCGACAUCCUCUUCGCCCCCUCCGGCGACUACUGGCGCAAGCUCCGCCAGCUCUGCGCCGCCGAGAUCCUGAGUCCCAAGCGCGUGCUCUCGUUUCGUCACAUCCGGGAGGAGGAGGUGAUGCUGCGGGUGGAGGAGAUCCGCGCGGCGGGCCCGUCGACGCCGGUGAACCUGAGCGUGAUGUUCCACAGCAUCACCAACAGCGUCGUGUCCCGGGCCGCGUUCGGGAAGAAGAGGAAGAACGCGGCGGAGUUCCUGGCGGCGACCAAGGCCGUCGUCGGCCUGUCGAGCGGCUUCAACAUCCCGGACCUGUUCCCGACGUGGACCACCGUCCUGGCCAAGCUCACCGGCAUGACGCGCAGCCUCAAGGAGAUCCACAAGACGGUGGACACCAUCCUCGAGGAAAUCAUCGAGGAGCGCAAGCGCAUCCGCGACGAGAAGAUCAAGGGCGGCGCCGCCGCCGAGGACGUCGACGAGAACCUCGUCGACGUGCUCAUCGGCCUGCAGGAGAAAGGCGGCUUCGGCUUCCAACUUACCAACAGCAUCAUCAAGGCCAUCAUACUGGACAUGUUCGCCGGCGGGACGGGGACGUCGGGGUCGGCCAUGGAGUGGGGGAUGUCGGAGCUGAUGCGGAACCCGUCGGUGAUGAAGAAGCUGCAGGCGCAGAUCAGGGAGGCGUUCCGUGGGAAGACGGUGGUGACGGAGGGCGACCUGCAGGCGAGCAACCUCCAGUACAUGAAGCUGGUGAUCAAGGAGGCCCUGCAGCUGCACCCGCCGGCACCGCUGCUGGUGCCCCGGGAGAGCAUCGAGGAGUGCGAGCUGGACGGGUACACGGUCCCAGCCAAGUCACGGGUCAUCAUCAACGCGUGGGCCAUCGGCCGCGACCCCAAGUACUGGGAGGACGCCGACGAGUUCAAGCCGGAGCGGUUCGAGGACGGCUCCCGAGACUUCACGGGCGGCAGCUACGAGUUCCUGCCAUUCGGCUCCGGCCGCAGGAUGUGCCCCGGCUUCAACUACGGCCUCGCCAGCAUGGAGCUCGCCUUCGUCGGCCUGCUCUACCACUUCGACUGGUCGCUGCCCGAGGGCGUCAAGGAGGUCGACAUGGGGGAAGCGCCUGGACUCGGCGUCCGCCGCCGCACGCCGCUAAUGCUCUGCGCCACCCCGUUCGUCCCGGUCGCCGCCUAG